AUGCCCAGCCCGGUGCCGCGAGGCCGCCGGCCGCCCACUCCCCCCGGCGCUCGGGACCAGCCCCCGCUCUCUGGCGAUCCCCCUGCGCCCCAGCGCCGCCCGGCCGGCCCAGGCACACCCCGCGGUCCCGGGCGCCUCGAGUCGUCCUUCUCCGUCGAGGCCAUCCUGGCCAGGCCCGCCCGCCGCGCGCCCACCGCCUCCCCGCCGGCCGUUCCGCCCCGCGCCGCCGCGACGCUCGGCACCGCUCCCUCCCGGGUUCCUGCGACGUGGCUGCCCACCUACCUGGGCGUGGGUCUCCACCAGCCGUGCCCCCAGCCGCCAGGGCCGGGGCUCCGCGUGCCUCACUUCUGCUGCCUGCAGGGCCUGGGCGUCACAGGCUUAGAGCUGACUCACUGCUCAGGCCUCUGGGGUACCCCAGACUGGGCUCCAACAGAGGAACUCCAGGACACUGAGAGACCCCAAAAGAGGGUUCGGACUAUGUUUAACUUGAAGCAGCUGGAAGAGUUGGAGAAUGUGUUUACAAAGCAGCACAAUCUUGUGGGGAAGAAGAGAGCUCAGCUGGCAGCCCAGCUCAACCUUACCGAGAACCAGGUGAGGGUCUGGUUCCAAAACCGCAGGGUCAAGUACCAGAAGCAGCAAAGGCUGAAGCUGCCUGUUGUGUCUGCCAUGGCUGCCUCCCAAGACGAACCCUCCAGCAGCUCUGACAACAGCAACCAGAGAGAAGACCCUGAGUCAGGAAUGGACAGCUGA